AUGGGGUCUGUUGAGGUACCAUCGUCUCUCUCUAUUGUAGAAGCUUCUGUUGCAGACCUUUCUUUAGCAUUAGCCAAUGGCUACACCAACAGUGUUGAAUUGACAGCUAGAAGUUUUGUCCGUAUUGCCAAAUAUGACCGGCGGUCUACCAUUCUCAAUGCAAUCCCAAUCAUCAAUGAGAAGGCAUUCGAGGCGGCUCAAGCCUCUGAUGACCGUCGUGCCGCUGGCAAGACCUUGAACCGAUUGGACGGGAUUCCGUGCAACAUCAAGGAUUCCUACAAAAUCCAGGGUAUGACCGUUGCAUCUGGCUCGCCUGCCUUUCAAAACUUGAUUGCCACUGAAGACGCUUUCACCGUGCAUAAGAUCAAGGAAGCCGGUGCAGUCAUCUUGGGCAAAACCAACAUGCCUCCCAUGGCUGCCGGAGGUAUGCAGCGAGGUGUGUAUGGUCGUGCUGAAUCACCAUACAACGGAGACUACCUCACAGGAGCCUUUGCAUCUGGUUCAUCCAACGGCUCAGCAACGGCUACUGCAUCAAGCUUUGGUGUAUUUGGUAUGGGUGAAGAGACCAUCUCAUCUGGCCGAUCUCCUGCCUCCAACAACGGACUGGUUGCAUACACACCUUCUCGAGGACUCAUCUCAAUCCGAGGAAACUGGCCACUGUUCCCGACUUGUGACACCGUGGUGCCACAUACUCGCUCCGUGCGUGAUAUGUUUGCUCUUCUGGAUGUGAUUGUCGCACAUGAUGAGACCAAGUUAGGAGACUUCUGGAGAGGACAGCCCUUCGUGCCACUCCCGGCAGUCGACAGCAUUCGACCCAAAACCUUUGAUAGCCUUGCUGAUCCCAAUGCACUGGCUGGGAAGAGAAUCGGCGUUCCCAAGAUGUAUAUCGGCAAAGAAGACUCUGACCCAACGGCCAGAAAAGUCUACACUCGCGCAUCCGUCAUUGACUUGUGGAACAAUGCCCGCAAGAUAUUGGAAGGACUCGGUGCAACAGUCGAAGAAGUUGAUUUCCCUGUUGUCACCAAGUUCGAGGCCCCUGAGCCAGGAUUUGAAAACGCGCCACAAACCAUCGCUCCUCCACAUCGAAACGAAGUCGACAUGUGUCAACUCAUGUCUUAUGCCUGGGAUGAUUUUCUCGUUGCCAAUGGCGACGCCAACGUCGCAACAUCCCUCGGCAAAAUCGACUCUGCUACCAUCUUCCCACAACCUCCAGGAACCAUUCCCGACAAAUAUGAUGUCGACGAUCCUCUUGUUCGCCAUACUGCCGUUGUUGAACACAUCACAGGUGGCAGAGUUCCGACAUAUGAGAUCCCCGGAUUGGGUCAAGCAUUGAAGAACCUCGAAGCAAAACGAAAAGCAGAUUUCGAAGAGUGGCUCGACGCCUCAGGUUUGGAUGCUGUCGUGUGGCCAUGUAACGCGGACGUAGGCAAAGCAGACGCUGAUAUUAAUGAAGAAUCCGCCGCGCAUGCCUGGGCCAACGGAGUCCUCUUCUCCAACGGCAACUGCGCCAUUCGCCAGCUGGGUAUCCCAACCGUCAGUGUGCCAAUGGGCAACAUGGCAGAUAUCUCGAUGCCAGUUAACCUCACCUUUGCAUCCAAGGCAUAUGACGACAACUCGUUGUUCCGCUAUGCAUAUGCGUUCGAGAAUGCAAGCAAGCUCCGCCAGAAGCCCAGCCGAACCCCUGAGUUGCCUAGUGAUGCUAUCUCGUUUACACCAGAACCAAAACAACUGGGUCAGUCGCCUCCUUCGUUGACGGUGGAUGAACAAAAGACUGUGCGAACAGGCGACGAGGUCCAAAUCGUGGGCAGCAUUAAAGAAGAUGAGGUGGAAUCGUUGAAGGUUUUCGUCGAUGGAGACGAAGUCAAGACCACCAAGCUUUCGAAUGGAGCAUGGGAAGCAGUGACGGAUCUUAAACCUGUGACAAUUGACCGUCCUGAAGAGAAGAGAGUUCCAGAUGUGAACAAAGCUAUGAUUGUUGUGCUGGCAACUGGUGUGAAUGGAAGAUCUUCUGCUCGUCUGGUCUUCCUAUAG